CGCAUGGCCGGAAAUAAACCGCCUACACUGGUACUGCAGUUGUGAAAGUCGCCCAUACGUAUUAUCUUGUCGAAAAUGGCAUCGAUUCAUCUAAUCGUAGCUGUGAUGUUUGCCUUUAAUGAAGCCGGAAUUAGAGCUGCUACCUUGCACGGCUGCGAUUCAAGUGGAGUGUGCCCAUGCAUCAACGAUGACGCCAAAUCAUGCUCUGCUUGCAACGGAUGCUAUGAGAAUGUGACGGUUGCUCUUCGUCGAGAACGUCAACUUGUGAAUACUCUGACAGAAGACAUCGACCGUUUCAAUGCAAUGGUUUCAAUGAAGACCAUGAACAGGACCUUUGCUCAGCGUAUAAACGAUAAAAGUAUCGAAUUGGAAACGAUUUCUAGUUGGGUGAGUAAUGCUAGUACACAGGAGGGCAAUCUGGAUCAGAGGCUGGAGCUUGUGACCGACAGUAUUGAUGAAAUACGAAACAAGUCCGGUGAAAUAUGGAGUCAUUUGAUGGUUGCUAACUCGACUGCUGUUUCUGCUCGUGAUGUUGCAACUAGGAUUGAAUAUUUGGUAAAUGAGAGUAAAGUGAAGAUAAUCAGAGCUUAUAGGUUGUCGACAAACGACUCCCAACUAACAGUAGACACGAUUCGAUCUCUAGAAAGCAGUGUUGUUCAAUUGGCUAAUAUAGCUUCAAGUCUGGUCCACGAUGCUGAGAACGAAGCAUCUAGGCAAAGACGUCAGGCAACCGUGCUAGAUGACAAAGCCAAUAGGACACACCAGUCGGCAGCUAAUGCAAAACUGACAACCGAAAACGCAAUUGCAUCCCAAAAUUCUGACAAGAAGCAGCUCGAUACCCUUGAGAUUCUUAGCGUAAAUAGAAGCUUGGGGUACAUUGAAGCAAAGUCGAAGGUUACGAAAUCGAAGGUAAACAUUGAAAAGGCUGCUAUGGAAGCAGAAGAUGUUCAUACGAGAGCAACCGAGUUACAUGCAAACAUGAGACUAGGUCGGCUGCAAGAACAACUCGGUUAUGCUCAACGUAAGACAACAUCUCUGAUGAAUCAACUGUCUACUACAACGACCAGAUUUUCAUCUGUAGUCAAUGCCAUCAACGUUUCUCGUGCAAACACUAGUCGUCUGUCUCGUGAUAUCCACAUUUCUGUAGAUAGAGUAGACUACCUCAUACGCCGUGCCGAUGAAGCCUACGACAAAGCCAUGGAAAGUGUGGCAAAAGGUCGGAAAAUCAUUUCUGAUGCUAUGGACACGUUGGAUAUCCUCACUAACUUUAGUCAGGUAAUCAAUGUUACUCGUUCUAGAGCAAUGAAAGCUCUUCGCCGUGUCAAUACUAUAGAAGAAUUAAGCCACAACGCAACUGCUGCAGCUCACGACAUAUCGAUGGAACAUCAACAGGCACUCAUUGAUGCCAUGAUGUCAAUGAGGCUUGCAGAAGGAGCACUAAAGACUGCACAAGAUGCUCUGAUGACGACCACAGAAAUCCAGAAUGACAUCAUGGCUUUGAAGACGUCCGCAAUUGCACAUAGAAAUAAAGCUGAAGGACUUUCAUCGAAUGCAACUACACUCAACAUGACAGCUUAUGGGCUACUGUUAAGCUGCUCCAAUACAACAGCGCAAGUUGAUUCUACUGUAUCUGACAUAAAAAACACCAUAUCAAACCAGAUAGACUGCUCUACUGCUAUCAGUCGAUCUGGAAUGGAGGUUGAACGACUUCAACACGAUAUCACUAACUUCAAACAACUUGAUGACCGACGGAUCGCAUCAUUACAAUUGGAAUUGACUAGGUUCAGUGAUCAGCUGUCUGACUCUGCUCUUGUUCACAUGGUUACUGCCCUUGAAACACAGCAACGAGAAGACUUUACAGAAAUCAAUAAUUGCAAUUCAUUGAUUUCAGAGCUUGAGCAAGAUGUUGACAAUUUGGAAAAGACAGUAGCUGCUGGUGCCGACAUAUGUAUCGGGGUGUGAUUGAUGUUUAUGUAUGUGUUUUAUCUGUAGCUAAUCACUGUGCCUAGGGCCACUGUCUGCUAAAGGUCUUAGAAAACUUAGACAACUUCUUGCAAUAGAUCUUUUAGCUAACCUUGAUGAAAGCUAGAUUGUCUUCAAUUAGUAUGCAGAUGUGGCUAUAUAAUAAAUGUUUUACAA